AAGAGAGCUGAUCAGAGAGAGAUUGGUCGCUUGGUUAGGAAGGGAGGGAGGCAAGAGAGUGUUGCUUGGAAAGAAGAGAGAGGAAAUGGGUUGUUGUGAGGGAGAACGUUAGAGAGGGAGAGAGUGGAGUCCUUUAGAGAGAGAAAAUAAAUUGCAAAAAUCAGUCACCAAAAGUACCACGGCCACAGAAUGGACAGCCCCCACCUUACUGGGAGCUGGCAAUGGCCCUUAUCAGCUUUUAAAGCCCCAAUUUUCACAUGAAAAACCAGUAAAAAGAGGAACCCACUUUUGGGAGCCAGCCUUAACUGGUACCCAAAUGGGUUAGAGCAAGAGAGUCUCCAAGCUUAGAGAGAGAGAGAGAGUGACAGUUUUAGGGAGACAGAGAAAUGGACUAUGAGACCAUGAAUGGGCUAAAGCUCGGAAAGAGGAUCUAUUUUGAAGAUGUGGGUUCUGGAAAUCCGGCUAAGAAACCGCCGGAAAAUGGAAAUCCGAGUACUUCGAGUCGGAAAACCAGGGUUUCAGGCCAAAAUGGGCAGCCACCAAGUUGCCAAGUUGAGGGAUGUAAGGCUGAUCUUACUGGUGCGAAGCCAUAUUAUUGCAGGCACAAGGUUUGUGGGGCUCAUUCCAAAUCGCCAAAGGUGAUUGUUGCUGGUUUGGAACAAAGGUUUUGUCAACAGUGCAGCAGGUUCCAUCAAUUACCUGAAUUCGACCAAGGAAAACGCAGCUGCCGUAGACGCUUGGCUGGUCACAAUGAACGCCGAAGAAAGCCACCACCCUCAACAUUGUCUGCACGCUAUGGACGAUUUCCCUCAUCUCUCUAUGGAGAUAGCAGGCACGGCGGCUUUGUCAUGGACUUCUCUCACCCAAAGCCUCUUGGCAAAGACAUUUGGCCCACUAUCAAAGUCAGUGAUCGCAUACCCUUCGCCACGCCUCAAAUGCCACCCUUGAAGUCCCUCACUCACCACCACCCUUGGCACUCAAACACCUCCACCACCACCAUAGAAACACCAAUAAAUGGUGGUGGUGAGAUAUUAACCCAAGGUAUCCACACUUAUUUACAGCAAGGCUCGACUGUGGGGCCCACCUUCUCGGGCCAUGGAGCCCUGCCAAGCGAGUGCAGUAGCUUCCCGAGAAUGUCGGACUCUGGUUGUGCUCUCUCUCUUCUGUCAACUCAUCAGCCAUGGGGGGCCAAGGUACUAGGCCCAGGCCCUCCAUUGGACUCGAUUAUCAAUGAGGAAGGCCCAUUGGAUACCCAAGUGGCCCCCCUCAAUCUGUGCUCUUCCUUGUCUCAGGGCCCAAUGGCCCCAGACCAAAAUGGGCCUCCUUACUCCGGUGAACUCGAGCUGCUCCAGCAUAAUAGGCAGUUCGUGGACCUUGCUCAUUUGAAGUCGUCUUAUGGCCAUGUGACGUCUAACCAGCAUCUGAUGCAGUGGGGGCUUUAGUGGCCGCUUAAGACUCUUUGAUAAAGCUAUGGGUAUUAUCCAUGGCGUUUUUGUUGGGAUUGGACCUGUUAUCCAAUUAUGUUUAUUAAUGUUAUGUUUGUUAAUGUUUUUGGACAUAUCUAGGGGGAACACAGAAAUCGGGCAAACAAUGCUCAGUGUUCUGUUAAUUACUUUCUGCCUCUUGCUGCCUACUAGCAUAUAAAAUUGCUUGGGGUCUUU